AUGGGCAAGGGACUGCAACCCAGUGCCAGCUCAUACACUGCCGUGUAUGAGGCGUUUUCUCUGCAAGAGAAAAUGGAGGAGGCCAAGCAGUUUCUUGGGGAGAUGAAAACCAAGGGGUUUGUGGCUGACAACAAGGCAAUGAGGGCUAUGAGACUGGUUCUUAAGGGCAAAGGAGCUGUGAUCAAAAGCAUCACCGACAUUCUCUUCUCAGAUGAGUUAGACGACUACUCAGACGAUUCAGAUGAUGAUGAUGAAAUACAGAACUACAGCGAAGAGAUGGAAUCGAGGUUCCCUCCGGAUAGUUAUUUAUCUUUCAGCAAGAAACAUGUCAUCGAGGAUGACCCAGAAAACCCCAAAGAUUUGCAACAAGUCUUCUAUAAGAUGCGCAAAGGAAGACCUGUCAUCAAUAUUUUCACCAAGAUGAUCAUCAUGCUAAAUGACACACAUAUCUAUGCCAAGGCCGAUGAGGUCAAGGAGGUUCUCAAAGUGUUCAUGCGCAUGCUAUCUCUUGGAGUCGCUCCCAACGCAUACACUAACAGUGUUCGAUCUCAACUUCUCAUUAAGGCACUUGCAAAAGACCCCAAUUUCCUUGGUGAUGUCAAGAUGUACACUCUAGAAAUGAUGGACAAGGGAAUGCGGCCGAAUGCCAGGACCUACACUGCCGUGUUCAAGGCCUUUGCCCGGCUGAAGGAUUUCAAGGUGGAGAAGGGCAAAGAGUUUCUGAAGGAGUUGAAAGCAUGGGGGUUUGUUCCUAACAAGAAGGUUGUUAUGGAGGUUUUGAAGGGCAGAAAGGGACCUGUAGUUAAGACGGUCAUCAACAUUCUCUUUGCCAAGUAG